AUGAGUCAUGACGGAAACGAUGGAUAUGAGUAUGCUGCGUCCAUCGUCGUCAUCGUCCGUCGUCCUUGGUCUGCGUUGCACUGCUCUGCGCUGGUCGUGCGUCUGCUCUACUCUGCUUCCUACUGGUGGUGUGUCGCUUCCGUCGCGUUCCCUCGCCGUGGAUUGCUACGCCGCUACUCGCGUCGCCACACCUCGCCGCACCUCGCCUUGCUACCUGAAGUCGAUCUGCCAAAAUCCCAUAUUUUUUUCCAAUUAACAAUUUCUUCGUUUUCAUGGCAGAUCCUUCCCAUCUUAAACCCAGUUCAUAAUGACAGACCAAGGUUUAUCUCAGCAGGAAGAAUUAUAUUCAAUGAGCAGGAAGAAUUAUCUCAGCAGCACAUUAAUGGCAAUAACUUUACUGAUAGACCAAGGUUUUCCAAUUCUAGCUUUCGGGAGGAUCCAUCUUCAGGAAGCACUUUGAACACUUCAGCGAAUCCUUGGGAUAGGCCAAUUGGGAGUGCCAACAAGCUUGUUAGCAGUGGUCAAGAGGGGCUUACUUAUAAUGACAACUCAGGACAUGGAUUCUUAACUGACAUCUUUGCUGAGAAUGCAAUCGUGGAUGAUACUAAUUUGCACCCUUUGGAGUUCUUAGCUUCUCUGUUCCCUGGUUUUGCUGCAGAAAGCCUUGUGAUAGUGACAUUGGUUUCAAUUCAGACAUUGCUUCAAGUCUGCUCUUUUAGAACCAGUUGUUAUUAAUGUUAUUGUUGAUCCUUAUGCCGGUUCAGAGAGUGGGAGGCUGCAACACAAGAAUUGAUUUCCAGAUUUUAUGUAUUAUACUGAAACUAUGCUUUCUAUGGUUUUCAUUUUCAGAUUUCAAAUUACAUAACAUUGUGGUUUUCUAUCGUAUUCCAUGAUAUGAUAAAGACAUAAACUAUAUUUCAUGAAUCUACACAAAUAUAAAAUGUUACAUGAUCAUAAUAA